AAAAGACCGAGCCGAGCUGAGCUGACCACGAAGGAUAUCACGGCGUCGUCGCUCUGGAAUCGAGGAUUUGUUUGUUUGGUUCCUUUCUUCGCUCGAAAGAUUCAGGUGAGCCAAUGGCGACGAACAGCAGAGAAGCAAGGAGGCGGAAGAUCUUAGAAAGAGGAUCUGAUCGUUUAGCCUUUAUCACUGGUCAAAUCAACGGCGUUCCUCCUCCUUCCGAUUCUUCUUCUUCUUCCCUUUCCCACUCUCUUCUCCAAUCCUUACCGGACUCGAUUCCCCCGCCUGAUCACAUACUUAAUUCUCAAGAAAUCGCUUUCACUAGCCAACAGGGAAACAUCCCCAAUGCUGUGGUGGUUGAUAAUGCAGAUCAUAUCAUCCAUCAAAACAGAGCAGAAUCGCUUCAGCCUCAGAGGUAUGCUGAAACAUUGGCAGAAGCCUCUGCUUCAGAUCCUAGGGACACAACAAUACUACCAACUCCUACAACAACAAGUGCUCAAAACCCGUCAGUGGUAGAUUUAGGUGCUUCUCAAGCAUUUAUUCCUCUGGCUAGUUAUGUGAACACCAUCAAACCAAAGCACAUUGGGGCGGCCAUUGAUGCUACAGAAUGCGUACGGAUGUUCUCAGCUCUUGCGAUUGCACUAGUUUGUAUACUAUCUCAUCUUGGGUUCUCUUCCCUAGUCAACAUAGUAAGCUUCAGGCCUGUUUUCUUGCUCAUCUUAACUGAUGCGACAAUUGUGCUUGGACGCGUUCUGCUGAGUCAUAGUGGAGAUGCGUCCUCAGCCUCGGGGACAGUAAUGAACGGGCAGGGUAUAGUAGACCAAGUGAGCAAUGCUUUGGAGACGGUGAUGAUGGUAAAGAAGAUCAUGGAAGCACUUCUAAUGGAUUUUAGCUUGUACGCUGUGAUUCUCAUAUGUGGCCUCUUGGUCACGCAAACCAUAUUUCCAUAGGUAAUUUUCAAGUAGGUUUGUUAGUUCCAAAACAUAGUUACAUGUCUAAGAUAUCUUUCUUUUCUUUUGUUGUUGCGUUUUCUGGAUGCUAAUUUCACUUGUGCUACAAGAUCAAUACUAUUGUUCAGUACUUUGGAAAAAGGAAAUUUUGGGGUUCAGUGUAUCGCUGGA